CCGCUUCUCAUUGCAGACAGUCCUCUGCUUGUCGGUGCUCGGCAUGGUACAAGGUCUCAGCUUGCCCAGCACAGUAGGUCCCGAGGGCGCUUUAAGCGACCCCACAGGCGCGGUCUCAUCUAGUACCGACAUUCCGAGCGAAACUAUGGCCAUGGCCUCCUUUACUGGCUCGGGGAUAACCGCUCAUUUCCAGUUCUCCUACAACCCGAUUAGUUCCACCAGCAGAGUCAACGUCGUUGUGACUGGUCUGAAGGAUGGCUUCAACAAUCCUUACCACAUCCACACAUACAGUUCCGCAAAAUAUGGCAGCUGCACCUCAACUGGACCUCAUUUUAAUCCUACCAACGCCACAGCGGAACAUUGCGAUCCCGCCAACCCCACGUUGUGUGAAGUCGGGGACUUGUCAGGAAAACAUGGAAACCUUGAAAGCCGCGCAAAUGAAUUCAGAACAACUUACGAAGACAGUUCCCUAAAGCUUUCUCAGACGAUGGAUGGGAUUUUAUAUCGAAGCAUCGUGAUUCAUGGGCCAAAUAAGACAAGACUGGCCUGUGGUACGAUCGUUCCCUCAGGGUCUUCCUCAGAUGAUAAAAACGUAGACGAGGUCUGA